CGUGUUUCAACAAGAACUUCCAUGCAACCAUUUUUGACACAAGCUCAAUCAGUUCCUUCAAACUUGCUUCUUCGCAUGGCGGUUAGGUAAGAAAAGAAGAUUCGUGUAAAUUCAGCUUUGAAUGAAAUCGGGUUACAAUCAAAUUCGCAACUUCAAUUACCCUAGAAAGUUUCCCCAAAUUCUGAAGAUCUUAAUCUUUAACCUAAUUUUCGAUUCGGUUCUCAAUCAAGUUUCAAAAGAAUACAAAAUCAAUCACUACAUCUGCUCACAGAACCACAAACACACAAGAUAAAGGAUAAGGGAUUAUUUUCCACAAAAUAAUUUUGUGAAUUCUUUAUUCGACUAUUAAAUUGACACCAUUUAAAAAAGGAAAAUUUAUCCAUACUUUAUCUUCCAGACUUCUUCCCUGUUUAACUCCAUUUAUUCACUUCUCUUGAUCGCCAAGAAACACUCGACACCUAAACAAAAAAAGCUACAACUAUGGAAGCCAAUCAGCGAAUUGCAAGAAUCGCAGCUCAUCUCCACCCUUCAAAUUCCCAGAUGGAAGGAGGCUCUGUACUCGAGCGAGCUAAUUGCAGAGCAAAAGGAGGGGCGCCUGGAUUCAAAGUUGCGAUACUGGGAGCUGCUGGAGGGAUCGGUCAACCUUUAGCUAUGCUAAUGAAGAUGAAUCCAUUGGUGUCUGUUCUUCAUCUCUAUGAUGUCGUCAAUGCCCCUGGUGUCACAGCUGAUAUCAGCCAUAUGGAUACUGGUGCUGUGGUGAGAGGUUUUCUAGGGCAACCACAGCUUGAUGCUGCACUUACAGGGAUGGAUCUUGUGAUCAUACCUGCUGGUGUUCCAAGAAAGCCUGGAAUGACAAGAGAUGAUCUUUUCAAGAUCAAUGCUGGAAUUGUUAAAACCCUUUGUGAAGGAAUUGCCAGGUGUUGCCCUAAUGCAAUAGUCAACUUAAUCAGUAAUCCGGUCAACUCUACAGUUCCAAUUGCUGCUGAAGUUUUCAAGAAAGCUGGAACUUAUGAUCCCAAACGCCUUCUUGGUGUCACCAUGCUUGAUGUUGUUAGAGCCAACACUUUUGUGGCUGAAGUUUUGGGACUUGAUCCAAGAGAAGUUAGUGUCCCUGUGGUUGGAGGACAUGCUGGAGUUACCAUUUUGCCCCUCCUUUCACAGGUGAAGCCUCCAUGUUCCUUCACUAAAGAAGAAACUGAAUACUUAACAAAGCGCAUUCAAGAUGGUGGAACUGAAGUUGUUCAGGCGAAAGCUGGGGCUGGCUCUGCAACACUUUCCAUGGCGUAUGCAGCGGUUAAAUUCGCAGAUUGUUGUCUUCGUGGCUUAAGAGGUGAUGCUGGCAUUGUGGAGUGUGCUUUUGUAGAUUCUCAGGUGACGGAAUUACCCUUCUUUGCAACACAAGUGAAACUAGGGCGUGGUGGUGCGGAAGAAAUAUACCAACUUGGACCUUUGAAUGAAUAUGAAAGGGCUGGAUUAGAGGAAGCUAAAAAAGAGUUGGCAACAAGUAUUGAAAAGGGGGUUUCUUUUAUAAGGAAAUGAAAGGGUGGUGUGAGGAUGAUGAGGUGGUAUACAAGUGUUGAUUCUAUUAUCAUGGCUUUCUUUGUUACUUCAUGUUGCAUGUAAUGUACGAAUCCAAAUAUACAUAAAAUAGAUGUAUUAGAAUACUUAUAUCACAUAUUAUAUUCUAAUCUUGUUACUUCUUGCAUCUAUUUUAUGGGCAAUACAAUCUUUAGGUUUUAACUUGAUGCGUGAUCUAAAAAAGAAUUUGAUUAUUGUUGGAUAUAUUCAAAAUGUUGAACAUUGUAUACAAAUAAAGUUAUGAGAACUAUGAUCAAUGGAAACAUGUUCCACUUAGGCUGUGUUUGGCGCGCCAGGGUUAGCUGAUAAGCUAGCUUAUUUUUCGAGCUUUUUUAUGUUGUCGUGUUUGGUAAGCCAAAAAGUAGCUUAUA